CAUGGUGUCUCUGUUCCCCGCAAACGGGCAAGCGAGAACGAACGUAUGAGAGGAAAUUCAAGGUUGAGCGGGGUCAUGUUGGCAGGUUGUGGAAUGAAUUGACGAUGAGUCGCUGACAGAUGAGCACCAUCUUUCGUGUAUCCGCACGACGGGCGGCCGCUCUCAACGGAAGCCUUACUGGACUCCGAGAAGACUCCAUCAUCGACGGCGGACGGCGACAUGGCGGCCGAACGAAACCGUUGAAUGCCUUGUUACGGGGCGGGAGGGCCAAAGGCAUCGGUUUGGCCGACGGAGCGGGAUGGGGUAACUCGACGGCCGGUAGCUGGGCUGUGAGAAUUCGCCGUAAUGACGGCGGCAGCUACCCAUCGCUGCGCCGUAGAUGCACGUAGGCGACGGAUCUCGGGACUAACGCCCCCCUGGCGGCCUUAGUUUUGGGAUCCAACGGGUUGGGAGGCCUGGGUGGCGCCGUGGUAGCACA